CUUUUUGAAAACUUCUUUCUGGUUUCAGCUUCCGGGUCGAGCAGUUCCCGGGAUAAAGUAAUCAAAACAGUGGCUGAGACGGAAUACUGGAGGUAGAGCGUUUGGAUUUAUCUUUUAAUUAUAUUUUCUUCUUUUUAAAGCCACCGCUGAGGACUAACGAUGGCUGGUUUACCACCCGGGGACCCAAAGCUCGUCUCCAUGAUUGUGAAUCAUUUAAAAAGUCAAGGGCUUUUUGACCAGUUCAGAAGAGAUUGCUUGGCUGAUGUGGACACAAAGCCUGCUUACCUGAAUUUAAGACAGCGCGUGGAUAAUUUUGUGUCCAACCACCUUUCUAAUCAUACCUGGAGCCCGCACCUAAACAAGAAUCAGCUAAGGAACAACAUCAGACAACUGGUUCUGCAAUCAGGAAUGUUGGAGGCUGGUGUUGACAGAAUAAUUACCCAGGUUGUGGAUCCCAAGAUCCACCACAAAUUUAAACCACAGGUGGAACGAGUUGUUCAUGAUUAUUUAGCCUCUAUAAACCAAAAGGAGUCUGAUCAGCUAGUUAGUUCAACCCAGAUUGAAGAGAAGCAAGAUUAUUUCAUAGCAACUCCAGGCACUUCCUCUGGGGCAAGUACUACCGUAGCCAGUGAUGCCAUGUCUAUUCUGGAUACAAUUACAUCCUUAAACCAGGAGGCAAGCGCGGCCUGGGCAUCAACAGAGAGCAUAGCAGGGAAGAGUGUUGACAGAACAGCCAGGAGAAGUUCUUCGCAGAUCGCUGAUGGUGGUUUAGAGAAAGAUAAGUACCUGGAAGAAUCGCUGGGGAAAGAGAAGGCAGACCUGGAAGAGGCAGUGGAGGAGAGCUGUGCCGUUGAAGAAACCCCAGAGAAUGCACUUCAGGCUAGCAAGGAUGCUGUACACACAGCCCAGGAGACCAGCGACCCGACUGAGCCAAGUAAAGAAACUGCAGAGGAGAGCGAAGACCCUGAGAAUAUGUGUGAUAAGCGAGAGGAAGGAAAAGAAAAGAAUGUCUCUAAAACAAAAGAAGCAGCAGCAGCAGCAGCAGCUCCAAUGGAAAAGGAGGGAGAGGAGCAGAAAGCACCCAGCGAGAAGCAUAUCAUUAAACAGAAAGCCAGGGAGAGAUUAAAAGAAGAGUAUUCUUUGGAGGACUCAGAUCUGGAAGGGCUUAGUGAUAUCUCUGUGAGCUCCGUCCACACCAGUGACUUGUCCUCCUUCGAUGAGGAGAGCGAAGAGGAGCCUCCGCUUUCUGACAGCACAGAGGAGGGAGAGAUCACCUCGGAGGAUGAAGAGUACCAGGAGACAAAAACAAAUAGCACAGCAAAGCAAGAGAAUGAAGAUCGUAAACCCAGAGCAGGACGACAAGCCUAUGUCCACAAGCCUUUCCUUUACUCCAAGUACUACAGUGAUUCUGACGAUGAGGUGACUGUGGAACAGCGACGGCAGUCUAUUGCUAAAGACAAAGAAGAGAGGCUGUUGAAGAGGCAGCAAAACCGAGAGAAAUUGGAGGAGAGGCGCAAACACAAAGCAACAGAGAAAGGAAAGCAUCAAGAAGCUCUGCAUUCGGUAGAACAAGACACAGUUCAAAGGAAGACAGGGACAGUGUCACCAAGUUCAGACUCCCAGGGAGCGAGUGUUAAAGAGGCACUUAAAGAGCAGAAGGUACUGGAAAAAAAAGUGGCCAUCAGCAGGAGAAGGAAGAGAAACUCAAGGAAAGACGGGGAUGAUGGUACUAGUCAAAAGAGAAAACGUGAACCAGAAGAUGAAUUCAAGGAAAUACUGAAGAAGGCUGAGACACAAGAAACAUAUGCAAAGGAACCAAAACCACCUUCUUCAAAAAGCCAGUUGCUGAAGCCUGUCCGAAGACUUUCAGAGUCUGUUCAGCCUGCAGAAGAAAGCAAGCAUGAACACAGGAGGAAAAGAUCAGGCAGCACUGUUUCCACAUCUCCACAAGCUGAGGAAACUACAGCAGAAGCAGGAGAGUUGAAAGAACCCAAAAAGCUGCCGGAAAAAGUUAAAGUCCACUCUUUUCUAUCAGACCUUGAUCCCAGUUAUGACGAAUCCUACAAACCGAGAGUCACAGGAAAAAAUGAAAAGCAUCUUAAAAAAGAGACAAUUUCUGAUGCAGAAACAGAGUCAGGGAAAAAGAAGGAAGUUAAACAUCCGAAAGAAAAGAGUGAAAAGGAAAGAAGUCUGCUGGACGAUAAAGUCAAACACAAGAGCAAAAGUGACAAGGCGCAGAAAGCAGGUGAUGCUGCUGAGCAUCAUGUGUCAGAAGGUAAAGGGAUGGAGAAUUUGCAGAAGGACAGUGGUCAUCAGGCUAAGGCUGCAUCUGACGAGAAGUCUGAUAGAAAGAGCAAAGUUAAAAAUGACAGGAAAUGUUCGACCUCGUUCAAGGAUAUUAGGCUGGUGAUUUCAGAGGCGACCUCCGAGGAUGUCUUGCACAAAGACGGCACAAGAAAGGUCAAAAUAUCUUUAACUGAGCAACCGAAAGCGGAGCAGAAGGUAAAGGGUGACAGGUCAUCGGUUAGAAGUGACACUAAAGUUCAGCUCAGUGCAGGGUGUAGUUUGAAGGAGAAUCCUGUCUUUCAAAAUAAAGUGGAAAGUUCUUCUGAAGACAGGUCUGAUAUAGAGCUUGGAUCUGAGAGUGGUAGAAAAAAAGAAAAGCUCCUCAAAGAUAUUAAAAAGAGAUCCAAGAGCUAUUCUGAUGAUAGGCAUGCGGAAAAGGUUAGAUCCAGGGCUGAGAACAAAGAGGCCAAAGCAAGUGACAAAGAAGGCCUGGGUCCUGAAAGCAAGUCAAAGGUGGAUCAAUCAUCAAAGGAUAGCCAUAACACUGAGAAGAGUCACUUGGGUGCGGAUGUUGAUCGAAAAUCCAAGGAUUCUGACUCCUGUUUAGAAGUAAAAGCAGCUACAGAAUUGGAGAGCGAAACCUCUGGACGAUCAGUCUCUAGUUCACAGAGAGACAGCAGUCACAAAUUUAAAGCAGAAAAGCCUGCUUCAAAAUCUGCUAAAGUUACAUCAAGUUCAAAGACAGAAAAGAAAUCUCAGGGAACUGAACACAAAAGUAAAAGUGCAAAACCAAGCCAUAGACUGGAGACAUUAAAGGAGAGGAAAAAGGAGAGUGGUAUCAAGGAAGAAAAGAAGGCUCCUGUUGAAAAGUCUCAGGUUAAAACUAAAGAAGACAUCCAAGAGAUAGAAAAUGAGCAAGAAAGCAAAGAGGUCAAGAAGACUGUGGAUAAAAAAUUCAGCAUAAAAGAAAUAGAGUCUGAUAAGAGGAAGGGUAGUACAUCUGUAUUGCAGGUUUCAGAUAGUCUGACUGAUGUUUCUGAACAAGAAGGUAGUACCACAGAGGGCAGUUCCACAUCACCACAUGAUAUUGAAGUUGCAGACAACCUUACCCAUUCUGUACAGGAAAAUGUGCCUGUGGAUAUGGACGUGAAUCUGACAGGUACGCAUGGUUCUGCAGCUUCUGAAACUACAGAACCAGGGCAAGGUGCGUCGGUGUGCAGGUCUGAAUCUGAUCAUAGCGGUUUGGAAGGAGAAGGCAAACCAACAGAGAUUAUUUCAAAAACAGUUUCAGCUAAAGACAACGGUAGGGCACCUGAAGCUGUAGAUACUGUUUCAUGUGAAACUGCUGCAAGUGAUUUGACUCUUGAACUUGAAGCAAAAACACCAGUGGCAGCUGUUCCAGUAGUGGGUGGCACUGGUUCUGAACAGGAAAUGAAAGAGGCUGAGGCAGAGAGUUCUAAACAAGACACACCAGCAUCUAAAGAAGUAGAGGCUGAGCUUGGAGACCCAGCUCCUGUACCUGAAGAUGAAACCAAUGAAGAGGCAUCUAAAACUAUAGAGGAGGCUGAUUUUCAGGUGAAGAAUGUGGAGUUGGAAGAAGAAUCGGCCACUCCAGUGGAAAUUAAAUAUAACCAAGAGGGCGAAGUAGACCAUUUUGACCAACAAGAAGCAGCAACUGAAGGUGUCUGUAAAGAAGAAAGAAAAGAAGUCCAAAGCACUGGUGACGUUUCUGUACACGAGGAGCUACCCAUUAUUAACCUGCCCAGCAGUGACUUGCUUACCAAUAUCAAACAGAGAACUGAGCAGCCUGCCCCUGUUUCCAUUCAAGAACAUGAAGAACCAGACAUGAAGACUAAAGAAGCAGCCUUGGCAUUGCUUUCCAUGGAUCCACAGAUCCCAGCUCAGGUUGAAGAAGAAGAAGAAACAGAGACACAGUUAUUAGCUGAAGCCAUACCACCAGUGAUGCAUGAUGCCCAGCAGGAAACCUCACUGAUGGAAGCUGAUGUGGGUGGUUUAAGUUGUACUCAGAAGUCAGACAUUAUACCAGGAAAUGAAUGUCUUGGAGCAGCAGAGCUCAAAGAGUCUGCUCUACUGGCUGGAGAACUAGAAGAAAAGAAGGACGACACUGGGGAGAUGGUAAAAGUGGAACCAUCACUGGGAACCGAUAAAACUGAAGAACCUCCGGAAAAAGACACUGCACACAAAGAUGAAGCCACCAAUGAAAGUGAAUCUAUAGAGAAGGAUAAAGGAACAUCUGGAACCACAUCUCAAGACAAACAGGAAGCAGAAAUAAAAGAUCCUUCCAAAGAGGGAAAGACUCCUCGAAGAGGUAGACCGCCCAAAAACUCUGCAGCUCGUGUAAAGGAUACUGCAGAUGGACAGGUCAGUGGGCAUCAUGUGGAAACCAAGAUGGGAGAGAAGAAAGAUUCCCCACUGAUUUCUCCCGAUGAAGGAAACACUGAUAUUCCUUUAGACAAGGACAAAACUGAUCACACAGAAAGUUCAGAGCGAAAUCCUGCUACAGAAACAGGAAAAACAUGCAGUAAACUAGAGGCAACAGAAGAAACUGAGAUGUCAGCAGAAACAUCGGUGGAGGAAAACAAGCCUGAAGGUCUUGAGAAAGAGACCUCCCAGGAAAAUGAACCUAAACGUGCACAGUGGCAGCAGUUACAAACCACAGGAGAUGAAGGUCAGCAAUGUUUGGGUCAGGAACUGGAGAUGAAAGAGGAGAGUAAAGAAUCUGAAAUCACAUCUGAUAAUGGAAAGUCAGAAACUACAGACAAGAAGAGGAGAGGAAGAGGAAGACCGAAACGAGUAUCUGUUUCAAGUGAACCAAUGCUGGUGAAAGAAGAGGAAGCUGACAGAAAAGUAGAGAGUGCGGAAAAAUUAGAAGAGAGUAAAGAAUCUGAUCAAUCCGAAAAUGAAAAACAGACUGCUGGAGCAGAAAUGCCCACAGAGGAACAUUCCCUGGUGAAAGGAGCAGGUGAACCAUCUGUGAAUAAAGAUGAAACUGGUGAAGCUGAAGAUCAGGUCUCUGAUAAGGAAGAAGAGAGGAAGUCAGCUCGCAGAGGAAGACCUUCAGGUAAACACACCAAGAAGGAAGAUGACGAGAAAGAAGAACGAAAGAAGGAUGAUGUGGAUGAGAAAGAACAGAACUCUGAUCUAUCAGAACCUGAGGACGAAUUGGUUGAAGACAAAAGGCCACUGCGUCGGGGAAGAUCGUCUGAAACGCCUGCGAGAGCAAAGGGAACCAGCAAAACACCCAAGGAAGAAAAUAAAGAUGAUGAUGAUCAGAAGUUUGAAAGUGAUGAAGAAUCUGAAAAGGAAACAAAGCCUCCUCGCAGGGGAAGAUCUUCCAAACAGCCCUCCACUCCACUCACUGGUAAAUCAUCUAAAGAGAAGGAAGAGGAAAAGGCUGAAAACUCUGGAGAUGAGAAAAAAUCAGAGAAGGUUGAGAAGAAAACUCCUGUACGCAGGGGGAGACGGUCAGCUGCACAAGGGAAAGAAACAGGCAAUCAAGAUGAGACUGAAGAAAAGCCAGGUGUUGACUCUGAUCAAAAACAGGAUGAGAAAGAAGACGAAAGAACUGAACAAAAGAUACCUGGGCGCAGGGGAAGGCCUCCAAAACAGCUUUCCAAAGAAACAGAUAAACCAUCAAAGAUGCAAAAUGAAGAAAAGGAUAGACAGACCCCUGAUGCAGAUUCCAAAGAUGAGGAAGAGCCAGAAAAUGACAGUAAAGUCACAAAAAGGGGAAGAGCAAAGUGUCCACCCAAGGAGUCCAAAGAUACAAGCAAGUCAACCAGAAAGAGAAAGCGUUCUGAAGAAUCUGAGGAAUCAGAUGAUGAGAAUGAACCUGAAAAGGCUGAAGAUCAGAAACCUGCACCAAAGAAACGACCUCCAAAGCGUGCAUGUAGUGACAGUGGUAGCCCAACCGAGGAGCAAGGAGAUGAGGAAGAAGAAGACGACGAAGAGGAAGAAGAAAGCACAAAUGACACAAAAGCAAGAAAUGAUGAAGACAAAGAAAAAACAAUGGAGAAGAAAAAUGUUCGACGAAGGUCCUCCAAAGGUAGUCCAGCAGAGGAAUCGGAAAAACAAGAUUCGGAUAAGAAAGAUAAAAAAACUGAGCUGGAAGGAAAAGAGGAUGAGGAAGGAGAUGAUGAUGAUGAAGAUGAUGAGGAGGAAAGGGAGGAGGAGGAGGAGGAGGAGGAGGAGACACAAAUAAGAGCUACCACACGUUCUGCUUCGAGGCUGGAGGCUGAGAGAAACAAACCCAGUAAACCACCUACACGGGCAGUCAGGAAACUCGACACCUCCGACUCUGUGCGGGAAAAACCUUCUACAUCCGCCAAGGAAAAAGCAUCCCCUGCUCUUGCUACAGCAACACGAUCAAGAGUCCAGCCCUCCCCAGCAAGUAAGCAAGGACGUAAGCGAGAAACCAGUCCCCCUGUGGUGCGCACACGGGGGGGGCAAAAAACAGAGGAGCCCCCUUCUAAAAGGACCAAGCGAUAAACUGAAAUGCUGUCAGAGGUACUGAAUGUUGUGGGAGUUCCUAAUCAAGGACUGACUAAAUAGGUAGUUCAAGGUGGCAGUUUUUAAAUAAAGAUACAUUUGAUGUUUUGAUUUAAUGGGUUUGGUUUGAAGACUGAGCAUUUCUGCAUAAAUUUUAUUAAAUGGAUUAUGAGUGUCAGUAAUCAGCAUAGUUUAUAACCAUCUGUACAGCAUGUAAAGAAUGUUUACUUAAACUGUAUAUUUCUUGUGCCAGUGGCCAUAGAAGGAGUCAUUUUGCCUCUGUUAUACAUGCAAAUUGAUAUUUUGGAAGCCUAUGGAAAACUAUGUAAAUAUAUCCAAAAAUAUGCUUUUAUAUGUUUAAAAAAAACAAAAAAAAAACAAACAAAAAAAAAAACUGUACGACUUAUGUUGUCAUAUUCAUUCUAUGAAUGUUGUAAUGCAGUGCAGGUGUGUAUUUCUUUUUUAUUAUAUUGUAACUACAUGUUUUGAUUGGUUUUCUUAAUUUUACAAACAUUACCUGUAAAAUUCGCUAUAAAAGAAAACGGAAGACACAAGAAAAAAAUUCUCCUUUUUAAUGCACCAUUUUAUCUUGAGUGAAAAUGUUUGUUGAAACAAAUGAUGUGCUGUUUCAAAUUGGUAUGCACAUGUAAAAAGCUGUAGCCUUUCUUUCAGUUACUGUGUUAGAAGCGGUUCUUUUGUCAUCAUUGUACCCCUUUUAGCAUUAAAACAUCAGUUUUGGAAUCCUGA